CAGCCAAUGGCAGAUUCAUACAUAAUGAUGAAAAAUCUUUAUCGGACAGCAAGGCUGCGAACUACACGUACAUCGAUUUUUCUAUUCGACAGCUGUUCACAGCACUUCGAGUUUUGACAAAUACACAUUAAGAUUUCAGAAAGUGGAGAACGCCUAAUACUUGAAAGUGCGUGAAAUAUUAGAGAAUCGAAAAGUGAUAUGUGAUACGCGUGGCGCUGUGGGUGACUAAUUCAUUCAUCAGCUAAUCCUGUACAUCCCAGUUGAAUAGCGUGCCGAUUGUCUAUUAGUUAAGAAUAGUAAUUUUCAACGAUGUCUGAAAUAUUGGAUGAAAAUUUUGGAUCCCAAUAUGCGCUUCAGGUUGCUUUACAAACAAUGAAAGAACGCUGUCAACAAUUUCAAAAGAGACUGGACAUCGCAGAACGGGAGAAUGCUAGUCUGCGCGUAAAAUGCUAUAGAGAAUCCAGCACAGCUAUGCUUCCUGCCACUGGAGAUAACCAAAUUACCGAAUUACAAAUUUUGACCGAUAAAGUCGAGCAGCUGACAAGGAUAAAGACACAGUUAACACAUCACAUAUUCAUGGUCGCAAAUGAAAAUCGUCAACUGUGGAAACGUUUGUCACGAUUAACAAAGACGAAUAAGAAUCUUGGAAAUCAUUUAAAUAAAAUAUCAGAUGCUCUACAGCAACAUCCAUCUACUCAACCCCUGGAAGCUCUGUCUUAUAAUAUGAGACUGGACUUCAACCUCAGCAAAAAUGAAUCAGACCAGUUUCUCGUGCCUGCUGAUCUUGGUAAGAUUGUUUCACAAUCCAACGAAACUAGUUUGGAAGAAAUUUCAUUGAAACUAAUAAAUAGUAUUAAAAUGGAAAAGUCUGAGUUGGAGCAGCAAUAUGCAGAGAUGGUAGAAAUGCAGAAUACUUCUGAAAUUAAUCUCCAGAACAUGGACUAUUUUUAUCCUGAGUCUAUGAACUCUGAUUGUAUGGAACAAUUGAAACAACAUGAUACAAGAUUGUCUCAUACAAAACACAUAUUACUCUCACAGCAGACCAAGCUUAAAACAAUUAUAGGAAAAUUGAAAACAAUAAAGAAAGGAGCAAUGUGUAAGAGUUGUCGUGACAAUGCUAGGAAAAAAAUGUGUCAAGCAGGAACUCAGUUUAAUUCAGAUGACAGCUUAAAAGAAAAUGGUGCUACACAAACAAGUCUCAUUCCGAACUCCACCGCAUUACCAGAAAAUAUGAAUUAUACGACAGACGGGUGCAGUGAAGUUGAAAACAAAAUUUGCCCUAUGUGUGAAAUGAUAUAUGGAAAAACAAUCAAUUGCGCGGAAUUUCACGAACAUGUUUUAAGUCAUUUUUCGGACGAAGAAAAUUCACCCGGAUGUGAUUUCGAAAUAAUUCAGUAGCAUUUAGUUUUUAUUAAUUGCUACAUCCGUAGACAAUUAAUUAGCAGCCAUCUAUUAUCUAUUUUAUAAAUUAUGAAAAAAAAUGUAAAAUAAUAUAUAACAAGAAGCGAAUGGUAUAAUUAUAUGAACGUAUGUACGUAUAAUGAAUGAUGUAUGCAUAUUUCUGUGUCUUCUUGGCUUAAUUCUUAAACUACAAAUUAUAAUCAUUUUUACGAAGGAUGAAAUGCAUUCAAAAUAACACGAAACCAAAUAUCAUGUACUACUCAGGCGUGUAUUUAUUUUUAUUCAAUUUUUAUCCUUUUAGAAUUAAUUGCUAUAAAGUUCAAAGUGAUAAAUCGGUUAGCAAAGUGAAACCAUUUUGACACUAAGGCCAAUCUUUUCUUAUACCUAUACUUUAAUACACCUGCAAAAUGCUACAAAAGUAGGUUUAAAAAAACUACAAUACUCAAAAAAUCUCAGGACCAGUUAAUUUUCACGAGUUUAAACUUUGGUUUAAACUAAGCUCAAUUCUAUGCUCGAUGCAAUUUAAACAAAGUUUGUUUCUGAUUCGUUGAACUGCGUUGUUCGAAUGAGAUCAGAGGUAAGCCUUGAAAUUGAAUACUGGGCUUUAGCUAAAAGUAAUUACUAAUACGUAGCUUAGUAUACAGGUUAUACUAUUAUCGCAAUAUACGAUCUACAUGUAGUAUCUAACACAGAUAGCAUCAACGGCUGUCAAGUCUUCAGAUU